AGCGCCCUUAAACACAUCGCCACAAAAUGCAUUGCUCUUUCCCUUCAUUUUCACUCGCAUUGUUCACUCUUCUCUUUUUUAUUCUUUGUUCUUCGAAUGUAGCCAAUGCCAAAGUUCCACCCUCAAGGACUUUCAAGUACAUAAAUGAAGGUGAUUUGGGAGAAUACAGUGUUGAGUAUUUUGCAGACUAUCGUGCCUUACCCAUUUACUUAUUUCCAUUCCAAUUAUGCUUCUAUAACACCACUCCUAAUGCCUAUACCCUAGCUCUACGAAUGGGCCACCGCCGGUCCGAGUCCAUAAUGAGGUGGGUCUGGGAAGCCAAUCGAGGGAGGCCCGUUGGAGAAAACGCCACGUUAGCUUUGGGGUCGGAAGGAAACCUGGUUCUAGCUGAUGCUGAUGGCACUGUGGUAUGGCAAACGGGCACUGCCAACAAGGGUGUGGUAGGGUUGAAGCUGCUAGCAAAUGGUAACUUGGCUUUGUAUGAUAAGAAAGGCAAAUUUAUUUGGCAGAGUUUUGACCACCCAACAGACACGCUUUUGGUGGGCCAAACCCUGCGAUCAAAUGGUCCAAACAAGCUGGUUAGCCGCACGUCUACUGCUGAUGGCUCCGAAGGGCCUCACAGCUUUGUUAUGGAGCAAAGGUAUUUUAAGCUGUACUAUAAAAGCAAAUAUUCACCAAGCCCUUUGCUCUAUUACAGGUCAGAUGAGUUUGGAAAUGGCCAGGGUUCCUUAGCAAAUCUUAACUUUUACAGCAUGCCAGAGACCGAGCAAGCCUAUGCUUUUGAGCUGGGGUUCACGUUUGACAUGAACAAUUCUAGUAGUUCAGGAACACACAUUUUGUCAAGGCCUAAAUACAAUAGCACAUAUUCCAUGCUUCGAAUGGAAUCGGAUGGUAACCUUAAAAUCUACACAUACAACGAAAAUGUUGAUUGGGGAGCUUGGGAGAACACAUUUAAGCUGUUUGAUGGAGACAAUCACGAAAGCCUGUGCAAGUUACCGAAGAUGUGCGGUUCACUAGGAAUUUGCGAGGACAAUCAAUGUGUGGCAUGUCCUAAGCCAAAGGGUUUGCUAGGAUGGAGCAAAAACUGCGCGCCGCCGGUGUUGCCGCCAUGCAAAGGCGGUGCUAACAUAGGUUACUACAAAGUGGUGGGCGUUGAACAUUUUUCCAAUGCAUAUGCAGAAGGAGAUGGCCCCAUGAAGUUGAGUGAUUGUAGAACCAAGUGCAGCAAUGAUUGCGGGUGCUUGGGGUUCUUCUACAGGGAGGAAUCAUCCAAGUGUUUGCAGAUUCCUGAGCUUGGUACUCUGGUCAAGGUGUCUAAUCCUGCGCAUGUUGGCUACAUCAAGAUGCCCAAGUAGAUUUCUGUUUGGAAACAAGGAAGCUCGAUUCUAUAUAAAUGGUUAAAAUAAGACAGUCAAACCUUGGUUAAUAA